AGGACACAGUCCACCAAGGAUCCUGGGAUCAACGGCUGUCUACUACUAAUGGCGGGAUGUACUUCAGCUGUCGCCUAAUGUCCUCAACAGAGCUUCAUCAAACUUCAGCGUAUCCUUUCGAUGGUUAAAGCAGUCACAAAAUGCUGAAGGACUCGAGUUCUGCUCGGAAUCCUGGAUUGUGGGACGAUCGGACGGGUGAAAGUGUUGGCUUCCGUUUCGUAGCGGAAGUGGCGCGGAGAGCGGUAGCUAUGGCGAACCUAGUGCGGGACCCGGCCAUUGACCGGUCCUUGCGCUCCGUGUUUGUUGGAAAUAUUCCCUAUGAAGCUACAGAAGAACAGUUGAAGGAUAUUUUCUCUGAAGUUGGUCCAGUGUUGAGUUUCAGGCUUGUAUAUGACAGAGAAACAGGUAAACCCAAAGGCUAUGGCUUCUGUGAGUACCAGGAUCAGGAGACUGCACUCAGUGCCAUGCGGAAUCUCAAUGGCAGGGAAUUUAAUGGAAGAGCACUGCGAGUGGACAAUGCUGCUAGUGAAAAGAAUAAAGAAGAACUCAAAAAUUUGGGCACAGCAGGUCCUGUCAUGGAAUCUCCUUAUGGAGAUCCAGUCUCACCUGAAGAUGCUCCAGAAUCUAUCAGUCGAGCAGUGGCCAGUCUUCCACCUGAGCAAAUGUUUGAACUCAUGAAGCAAAUGAAGCUCUGCAUUCAGAACAGUCCUCAGGAGGCCCGCAACAUGCUUUUACAGAACCCACAACUGGCGUAUGCUCUCCUACAGGCUCAGGUUGUCAUGAGAAUUGUGGAUCCUGAAAUUGCAAUGAAAAUGUUACAUCGUCCAACCAAUGUUACACCACUUAUUUCUUCUGGUCAACCAGUGCAAGGCCCAAAUGCUCCAGCAGUUCAGACUGCCCCUGCAGUCUCCCAACCACAGCCUAUGAGUGGAAUGCAUGUGAAUGGGGCACCUACUUUGAUGCAGCCACCGAUGCAAACUGCAGUAUCUGUUCCUGGACCCGGACCGGUACCAGGGGGGCCAGGGCCUGGACCUGGACCCGGACCUGGACCAGGACCAGUUGGGCCUGGAGGAAACAUGCAGCCUCAGAUGGGUCUUGCUCCUUCAGGACCGGUACCAAUGGACAGAGGACAAGGAAAUAUGCACUCACCUGUGGCCUCCGCAGGGACUGCACAGAUCGAGAGAGGACAAGUCCCAAUGCAGGACCCUAGAGCCAAUAUGCAGCGGGGUACCCCAGUCGUUGGGCCGCCUGCUCCAAGAGGUUUGCUAGGAGAUGCGCCAAAUGACCCACGUGGAGGGACUUUGCUUUCAGUCACUGGGGAGGUGGAAACUCGAGGGUAUAUUGGACAACCACAUCAGGGACCACCUAUACACCACGUGCCUGGCCAUGAUGGCAGAGGACCGCCUGACCUUAGGAAUGCUCAUGAACCACGAGGCAUACAACAUGACAUGAGACCAGGGCCGAUGGGAGAACAGAGGGGGCCUAUUGGUGAACAAAGGGGCCCAAUGGGUGAACCACGUGGACCACUUGUUGAACCAAGGGGGCCCAUGGGAGAUCCAAGAGGGAUGAUGGGAGAUCCAAGGGGCCCAAUGAUGGAUCAGCGUGGACCUCCUCAUGAAUCUAGAGGUUCAUUUGAACCCUGCAGCUUUCCACAUGAUGCUCGACAUGGACCUCAGCAUGAUCCGCGUUACCAGGCUCUUAUUUCUCAGCAAGACCCUCGUGGGGGGUCCUAUCUGAAUGUACAUCAACUAAAUGCACCCAUGGGUGCGAGAGAUCCCAGAGGAAUUGAUUCAAGAGGUAUUGAUAUCAGAGUCCCUGGCCCAGGCCCCGGUCCCGGUCCAGGUCCAGGGCCAAACCAAGGCUCUGUCUCAAAUCCCAGAGGACCAAUGGCACCAGGAAUGCAAGUUCAAGCCCCAGGUACACAUCCGAUAGUGCAGAGUGGGCCUCAGGGAUCACAGCAACCUGUUCCACCUCGACAGGGUCCUGCUCACCCUGCGGCUGGUCAGCCUGGAGGAUUCAGUCCUGCUCAGACUCAAGUGACACCACAAGACCAUGAAAAGGCUGCAUUGAUCAUGCAGGUCCUCCAAUUAACUCCAGAACAGAUUGCCAUGCUACCCCCAGAACAGAGACAGAGCAUCCUUAUUCUAAAAGAACAAAUUCAGAAAUCUGCAGGAGCUCCUUGAGAAUGGAUAUUUUGUGGACCGCCAGCUUCUUGAGGAAGUUUAUUUCUCUGGUUACCUAUGAGAGCGGCAGGACUUGGAGGUUCCUAGUGGUCAAUUGUUUCAACUCAAUGAAAGGGAAAGAAGCCAAAACAUCCUUCAUGAUAUGGAUACACUUAUUUUUUGAGUGUUUAAUUUGCUCCUUUUGUUAACAAUUCAUUGUGGUAAAGCUUUAAUGUAUUGAUUAAAUGGGAAGAAUGAAUGAGACUUGAAAAGCUCAUAGAGCUGUCUUUAUAGAUACUUCACAAACACAAGAACUGUUGUAGGUAUUUUAGUGUUAAAAGAAUUUUCAUUUAAAAACCGGUUGAGACUAACCACUUCAAUGUAUUAGAUAUGGCAUUUAUACUUAGUUUAAAAAACAAUUUCACACCAGAGUACGUACAAUUUUUUCUUCAUUUUUAUUAUGACUUUGAAUCCCCUCCAUUUUUACCCUUUGUAAAGACAUGCUCCACUUUCCUUGUAGCACAAAUGUUUUACUAGUGAACUGUUAUUCCUUACUGUUUUUCAUAGUCUUUUGUUCUCCACCCAACACACCUUGAAAAACAAGUUAAAACUACAGCCAUCGAGACUUCCUAAUGAUUAUAGAUAUUAAAGUUCAUUUUUGAUCUCAGUUGUUGAAUUGUUGGAGUAAUGUGACACUCUUGGAACAUUAUAUAUAUAUAUAUUAAAAAAAUAGAAAUAAAAAUCAUCUCAACAUCCA